CUCAAGUGGACGGCGGCCGCCCAAGCGUGGCGUCGGCCAUGUUACUGCAGCAGUCAUCUCCCUCCCUGCCAAUGAAGUGGCUUUCGCAGCUCUCGACAGCCGUCAUCCUUCCCAUUGUGGCGCUGCUGGCGGCCCUCGUCCUUGCAGCCGCAUCCCGUGGGAGCAGGGACGCGUCGUUUGCCUCGCCUUGUGGGCGGCCGCGGCGGCCAAACGUGCUGCGGAUGAAGGCCUCGUGGUCGCCCAAAGUGCGGCAUCGGUACCUGAAGGAGUACCUCGAUAGGGGAGAACACACACGCGUCGAUUGGGUUGAGAGAGGGUACGGUUUUAACGGUGCGAUGUGAUGAGUCUUCUGACUGUCUGUCUGUCUGUGUGUUUGUUUGUGUGGUGUCUGUCAGGUGGAUCACCCCCAAGGGUCCCAGGAGUUAUUCGAGCAUGAUAGACGAGAUCAGGGGCUCCAGGGAGAGGAACCCGACGCUCGAGGUGCACGUCGGCAGCGACUCUCAGGUCAGGCAGUGUGGCAGGCAGCCACCGUGGCCAACCACAACCACACCCACUCGCACAGCACGCACCGCUGCAAGCAGAUCCAUCCCUUCAUUGGAUGGGAUGGGAUGGCAUAUCUGAUUGAUUUGAUUUGAUUUGAUUCAGGUUCACGGUCCUUUGGUUGUGUUUGCGACGGCCAUUUGUCUGUACUCGCCUGGCAACGGCGCACGCUACUACGCCGCUAAGGAGGUCUUCCCCUCUCUCCACUUCCCAGCACUCGCCGUCCGGCUGCUGCGGGAAGUGCAAAACACGGUGGGUGCGGUGCGCAAGUCCAUCCAUCCAUCCAUUUAUUCGUCGGCCUCCCUCUGUUUGUUUCUGUGCGUGUGUGCAGGUUGAGGUGGCCGAGUGCGUCAAGACGUCUUUGGCUGACGUGUUUGAGAGUUUGGAAGAUGACGAGGAGGCGCUGUCGCUGGAGGAGUGCUCCCAAGGCAUCACACUGCAUGUCGACUGCUCAAGAAACCCUAGUCAGUCAAAGAAAGUCGGAGAGGCCCACGAAGGCCAUGAGCGGCUGUUCGUUCAUUCGUCUCUCUGUCUGGUCUGUCUGUCUGUCUGUCUUUCUCUGUCUCUGUCUCUGUUCUGUGUGUGUGUGUGUGUGUGUCUGUGUAGGGACUAAGAGCAGCACAGCGAGCAGAAUGCUGACGGGAUACAUCGAAGGAUUUGGAUACCCUGUGAGCGAACACUCCCGACUCAACAGACAGAAGCAUUGACUGGUUGACUUCCGGUCUCUUUGUUUGUGUGUAGUAUCGGGUGAAGCCCGACUCGUGGGCGGCGUGGGUGGCUGAUCGUUUCACUGGGCGGUAUAACCCCCACAGCCUCCUUGGGGAGAACCUGGGACGCACAUAGCGCGGCAAUGAGGGAGGCAGGGAAGCGGCCCUUUGUUUUAAGCGACCAGAUCGCAGCCCAGCGCAGAUGUGAUGUGGUCGUUCUUCCGUUUCCUCCCCUCUCUCAGUGCCUACAUGAGUUGAUGGAUGGAUGGAUGUGUGUGUGUGUGUACAAGGCCCGCCAGCCAUAGACAGAGGCAACAGUUUUGGUAUAUCCCGCCAAGCCAAGCCAAGCCACUUGAUUGCUUUCCUUUUCCUCCCUUCAUCGCUUCAUCGGCCUGUCUGUCUUUCCUCCGUCCGUACGUGUCUGUCUGGUUUGUCUGUCAGCCAGUCUAGCGCUGCUUGCUUGCCUAUGUCCGUGCCGUGCCUCCUCCCCUCCCCUCCCCUCCCUCUCCGUAUAUAUCGAGUGGUGGGUGUCUGAAUGGGUGUAGUGUAGGUCUCAGUUUUGUGUAGUGAAGUCAGUCAGACGGCUGGAUGUGUGCGCCUGUCUGCUGUAGUGAUUGGAGUGAGUAUGAGUGUACAGAUGAGAGGAGGGAGGGAGGGGUGAGGAGAGCUGGGAGCUGUCUGUCUGUCUGUAUUUGUAUCCGAGGGAGGGUGAUCCAAGGGGAG